ACGUCACCAAAUAUUCUUGGCGUUUCCGACGUCACCCAAUAUUCUUGGCGUUUCCGACGUCAGCCAAUAUUCUUGGCAUUUUCGACGUCACCUAAUAUUUUUACAUCAUAUCGAGCAUUUUCAUCGACAAACGCUAUGAUUGAUAUGUUAGCACGAGUGCAACGAAUGUGUGAAACAACGGAAUCUAUUGGUUCCGGAUCCGGAUUGGGGAAAAAAUAUGAAAGUAUCAUUCAAUUGGAAGAUAGAAGCGAUACAGAUUCGGAUCGAAGGUUGUCCAGUUGCUGUUUCCACUUUGCAUCUUGCGAUCAUCGCUCUUCAAAUCCAUUAAAAUCAUAUGAGUUAGUUUGCCGAACAAUACAAAUUAGACUUAGGUAA